AUGGCUGCUUCUUCACUCAUUUCUACAAACUUCCGCUCUUCCCCAACUUUCUCUUCCCUUCCCUCGUUUUCUCGCUUUCCAAACAGAAAGCUCAUUACUUUUCCUCUCUCCAAAUCCAUUUCCCUCCACAAAUCCCCCAGCUCAACAAGCUCACCUAUCCUCUCCCUUCUUCACCACAAAACCCAGAAAAGGUCUUUGAUCCCGUACAAGACUUACUGUCCUCCAUGCCUCCACAAGCUUCUGCUCACCACCAAGAACCCCUUCUCGACCGCCUUGGAUUCUCUGCUCAUUCUCUGCACUUCGGUAGCUCUAGCUUUGUCCCUCUUCAUCGCCGAUGUGGAUCCGGCCUCGGCUUUCGUGGUCACUCCGCCGAGAAAGUUGCAAUCCGAUGAGCUCGCUACGGUUCAGCUCUUUCAGGAGAACACUCCCUCUGUUGUUUACAUCACCAAUCUUGCAGCCAGGCAGGAUGCGUUUACUUUGGACGUGUUUGAGGUGCCGCAGGGGUCUGGGUCAGGCUUUGUGUGGGAUAAAGACGGGCAUGUUGUCACCAAUUACCACGUGAUUCGUGGUGCUUCUGAUCUCAGGGUCACACUUGCUGACCAGUCAACUUUUGAUGCAAAAGUUGUUGGAUUUGACCAAGACAAGGAUGUUGCUGUUUUACAUGUUGAUGCACCCAAAGACAAACUAAGGCCUAUACCUAUUGGUGUCUCUGCAGACUUGCUUGUUGGUCAGAAAGUGUUUGCUAUUGGCAAUCCUUUUGGGCUUGACCAUACUCUUACAACUGGUGUUAUCAGUGGGCUUCGCAGAGAAAUUAGUUCUGCUGCUACUGGCCGUCCAAUUCAAGAUGUUAUACAGACAGAUGCUGCCAUUAAUCCUGGUAAUAGUGGGGGCCCACUUCUAGAUAGCACAGGAAGCCUUAUCGGGAUAAAUACAGCUAUAUAUUCACCUUCUGGUGCAUCAUCAGGUGUUGGAUUUUCAAUUCCAGUUGACACUGUAAAUGGUAUUGUUGACCAGUUGGUCAGAUUUGGGAAGGUCACUAGACCUGUUUUAGGAAUUAAGUUUGCACCUGAUCAAUCUGUUGAACAGUUGGGGGUCAGUGGAGUGCUUGUCUUAGACGCACCAGCAAAUGGUCCAGCUGGCAAAGCGGGACUGCUACCAACCAAGCGUGAUGCCUAUGGCAGACUCAUCUUGGGUGACAUUAUAACAUCUGUGAAUGGUAAAAAGGUCAGCAAUGGCAGCGACUUGUAUAGAAUUCUCGACCAAUGUAAAGUGGGUGAUAAGGUGACUGUGGAGGUGUUGCGUGGUGAUCAGAAGGAGAAGAUCCCUGUUGUACUUGAACCAAAGGCCGACGAGACAUGA